AUUUAUUAGGCAUAUAUCCAUCCAAAAUUGCGAUGAAGUUAGCGCUAGUGAGCCUGUUCUGCCUGGGGGCGCUGGCGGCGGCCUACGACAUUCCGGAGCUGAACUACCACGAGCGCGUGGGAAUCCCGCGCGCCGACGCCCUCAGGCAGGCCGAGCUCGCGGCAGACUUUGAUGGCAGCAGGAUCAUCAGCGGCUCGCCGGCCGCGCUCGGCGCCUACCCUUACAUGGCUGGGCAGAUAAUGACGCUGACAAAUGGGCGCGAGUCUAUCGGAGGCGGUACUUUGAUCAGCAACACGCGGGUUCUGACCGCGGCACACAACUUGUUCGAUGGGCGGCAGAUGAUCCGCCACGUGACCAUCGUGCUGGGCUCUGUGCGCAUCUUCUCCGGCGGCACCAGGAUCACUUCUAACAGGAUGGAGCUGCACGGCAAUUACAACGUCAACACAUUACAGAACGACAUCGCCAUCGUCACUAUCAACCGGGUGAACUACAGCAACACGAUCCGCAACAUCGGGCUGGCGUCAGGCAGUAACACGUACGCGGGCACGUGGGCCUGGGCCAUCGGCUUCGGCAAGACCAGCGACGCGGCGCCGGCGAGUCAGAACCUGAUGCAUGUGCGAGUGCAAGUGAUCACCAACGACGUCUGCCGCGGCACUUUCGGCGCCAACUUCGUGGUGGCCUCCACGCUGUGCAUCAGCGGCUCUACCGGCAACAUCUGCACCGGCGACUCCGGCGGUCCGCUCGUCGCCAACAACCUGCUCAUCGGAGUGACGUCAUUCGGCUCGGGAUCGUGCGACGCGCGCCGCCCCUCCGGCUUCGCCCGUGUCAGCUCCUUCAACUCAUGGAUUAGAGCGCGGAUGUGAAGCGACAAACAACGAAAAUAAAUUACUAAAUACUUUUUUUUGUAUUGAA